AUGGGUGAUGCGGAUCAGGUCCCGGAAGUGGUUUCAGGACCUGACGAUAUAGCCUUUGUCGAACCACCACCCCGAGAACGUCGCCUCAAACGGACCAACACUGUGCCAAAGAAAGAGGGUCUCAUGGGAUUUUUCCAAUCGGUUAAACAAAAAGCGACCCGUCAGGAAGUGCCGGAACGACGCAAGUCCCGUCAUUACCAUCGUGAUGAGGACAAGUUUGCGACGGAUCCUGAACGGGAUGAUCGACGGCGGCGGCGGGACGACAGAAGGAGACGCCACGCAAGAGAAGACACUGAUGCUGAUGGUUUCGCAACUGAAGGUGUUCCUGGAGAGUUCCCAGAUCCGGAGGAAGAAGAAGUGGAGGCUAGACGAGCGGCUCGCAGAGCACGUCGUGCUUCACGCUAUGGAACUCCUGACGACAUGGAAGUUCGCGACGGUGAAGAGAGACGGGCUAGGCGAAAAGAUAAAGAAAAAGCUGCUCGUGAUGCUCACGAAAGACAACUUCGAGAAGAGGAGGAUGAGGAAGAAAGACGUCGAGAAGAGAAGAGAGCUCGUCGAGCUGCGCGCGAGGAGCGUCGAGUCCGCGAAGAACGAGAGGCCAGGGAAGCUGAAGAGCGCGCUGAAGCGAAAUCAGCAGACCGACGCGAACGACGUCGCAUGAAGGACGAUAAGAUGACAAGUGGAAUGUCCAGGCACGGCACAAAAUCGAGACGCCAUCGCUCGCGCGCCGGAGACAGGAUUCCUGAUGAGUUUCCUCCCGAGUACCAAUACCACACCGAACCCGAACCUCAACCUCGCCAUCACCGCUCCCACCGCUCCGUCGACGAAGGAGCCAAGAGGCGGAAUCGUCACAGGCCUCGUGCUCCAGAGCCCCCUAAUGACCCGCCACCAAUGAUGACCGGAGGGAAAAGAGAAAAGAUAUCCUCUUGGGUUCAUUCCCAAGCCGACGAUCCGCCGGAGCCGCCACCGGUUGUACCGACCUUAGUUGAUAUUCCGCCUCCUCCAGACGAGCCACUAAAUACGCACUCGAUUUCUUCAGACGAGGAAGCACGCCGUGACUUACGUCGACGAGCACGAAGACGCGCGCGGCAUCCAGAUCAUGAGAUCGAGGAGAGGCGCCCGAGGAGACGCGAUGAGUCUCUCCCCGAACCUGAACGGAAGAGUAGCUCUGGAAGUGGCGAGCAUCAUGGCGCGCAAGCUGGUAUUGGGGCGAAAAUCGUACCUGGUUGGUUGAAGAGAUUCACCGUGGGAUAG